UUUAUUCGUGUCUGCAGACCAUUCUUUAUUUUCCUCUCUGUGGCAUCGAUGUCAUGAUCUAUAUUUUGCUUUUCAUUGUGGCCUUUGAGAUUCUGAUAAGGGGAAGCUUUAAUUUAAGGCUUUAACGCGAGAAAGAGAUGAGUAACCACAUUUACCCCCCUGUUUGGGAAAUAAGAUUGAGCUUUCCUUUUUCAGUGUGUGUAGUGAUUAAUUAAUCCAUGAACGACAACCCUAAUGUUUCCUCAAGACCAGAUAGAAAAGUCAUCGAGAGAAACAGGAGAACUCAAAUGAAAGCUCUCUAUUCCGAGCUCUAUUCUCUCUUACCCCGUCACAGCUCUAGGGAAUCAAAAUCACUGCCUGAUCAGCUACAUGAAGCUGCAAGCUAUAUAAAAAAGUUGCAGAUAAACUUGGAGAGAAUGAAGGAAAAGAAAGAUAGCUUAAUGAGUGUAGAGAGGUUGAGGAACACAAGAAGCAGGAUGACCGGCAAAGUGCCGAAAUCUCCUCAAAUUCAGAUUCAUGAAAUGGGUUCUUCAUUGGUGAUCGGGUUGACGACAGAGUCCAACAGUCGGUUCCUUUUUACUCAGACAAUUCGUGUUCUUCAGGAAGAAGGAGCCGAGAUUGUUAAUGCCGGUUUCUCCGUUGUUGACGAUACCGUGUUCCAUAUUAUAAAUCUUACGGUAGCCAUUAUCGGGCAUGAAUCAGCACCAGAUUAUGGGGGGGGCAGGAGGAUAUCAGAGAGAUUAAAUAAGUUUCUGAAUGAUGCAGAUGCAUGAGCUAGCCGCGUUGCGUAAUGAAGUAAACAAUCUGAAUCACUUUAUGAUCUUCUGUUUAGUUUAUUAAUGAGAUUUCAGAAACCUGUCAACAAACAAUGUUGCUUCCCGCUGGGCAGUAACCAGAUCUAGUAUUAUGAACUUUAAUGUUUUUAAUUCCUAUUAAACUAAGAAUUAAACAAUAUUAAUAAGUAUUGUUAGUUGUAGUUAAA